ACCGUCAGAAGAGGCGGUCCUACACACACAGAAGGAGGCAAUAUGGCGUCACUGGUAGGUCGUCUCUCUCGUGCUGUUUUCGUUAGAAAUGCAGCGAUAUUAGGCCGCAACACUGGCUCAAAAUCUGCGAAUGCGACCGGGCCGACGCUCAGCCGAACUGCGGUGUCGUCCACAGCGGGGACCAUUCCUCCCAAACCAAUAAAGGUUGCGUUCGGUCUGACUCGUAUGACGAUACUGGUUGUUCCGUUCCUGUAUGUCGGUACUCUGAUCAGCAAGAACUUCGCCACACUGUUGGAGGAACAUGACAUCUUCGUCCCAGAUGACGACGAUGAUGAUGAUUGAGCAGAAAGCCGCCUCAUGAUCUUCUGAGACCUGCAGCACUGGUGUAGACAUCAAGAACAUUGUAUGCAAUCAUGAAGACUCUUGACACGUUCUUGUUUAAAUUCCUGCAUUACACUAACCCUGUUAAGCCAUUGUUAAAUGUUAUUUUACACAUUUUAAAUAUUGUCAAAAGCAAUAUCCUUUGGGGCUGCCGUCACAUUUCCAGCCUCUCGUCUAUUUAAUAAAUUCUUUAAAUGUGA